AUGGCCUCUGGACGGGACGGAUCCAACUCCACCGGGAACCAGACCAACCAGUUCGUGCAGCCGGCGUGGCGCGUGGCGCUGUGGUCGGGCGCGUACAGCACGGUGCUGGCGGUGGCCGUGUUCGGCAACCUGAUCGUCAUCUGGAUUAUUCUGGCGCACAAGCGGAUGAGGACCGUCACCAACUAUUUCCUGCUGAACUUGGCUUUCGCCGACGUUUCCAUGGCCGCUUUCAACACGCUCAUCAACUUCAUCUACGCGGCGCACGGAGAGUGGUACUUUGGAGAAGUGUACUGCAGGUUUCACAACUUCUUCCCGGUCACUGCUGUGUUCGCCAGCAUCUACUCAAUGACCGCCAUAGCCCUGGACAGAUACAUGGCCAUCAUCCAUCCUCUGAAUCCCCGUCUGUCUGCAAGAGCCACCAUGGGGGUCAUCGCCCUCAUCUGGACUCUGGCUGUGGUUCUGGCCUUCCCUCUCUGUUACUUCUCCACCACACGGACUCUUCCCCGCAGAACCCUCUGCUACGUGGCCUGGCCCCGCAUGGCUGAUGACCCCUUCAUGUAUCACAUCAUAGUGACAGUGUUGGUCUAUCUGUUGCCGCUGGUGGUCAUGGGUAUCACCUACACCAUCGUGGGAGUGACGCUGUGGGGAGGUCAGAUCCCCGGAGACUCAUCUGACAGCUACCACGGACAGCUACUGGCUAAAAGGAAGGUGGUGAAGAUGAUGAUCAUUGUGGUGGUGACCUUUGCCCUCUGCUGGCUGCCCUACCACAUCUACUUCAUCGUGACGGGUCUGAACAAGCGUCUGAGCAAGUGGAAGUCCAUCCAGCAGGUGUACCUGACGGUGCUGUGGCUGGCCAUGAGCUCCACCAUGUACAACCCCAUCAUCUACUGCUGCCUCAACAGCAGGUGA